CUCACUCUACAUCCCUCUGUCCGCUAGGCAUCUGCAUUCACCACGAAUGGAGAGAAAAGCACACGCAGGUUGAAUGACCAUCAAUGCGCACCAUGGUCUUUUGUUGUGGUCGCUCACUUCUGGCCCUUCUGAUGUCUGUGAGUCUGCCUGCAUUCGGCCCCACCAACCGAUUCGUGAGCACCCACGACACACCCACCAGCAACACACCCACCUGCAGCAAAGAAGCCACCAAACGUUUGCACAUACAGACACACAGCAAUGAAUGCGGCGAAGUUGCCCAGCUUAUGAUGUAUAUAUGGCCCCUCCCUCCCCUACCCCGAGAUAAGGGAGGAAGAAUCUGAAGAAGAGGAAGGCGGGUCCCUGUGGCGGUGGUGAUGCCGCCAGGAUGGCCAGGCCGCGGCUGUCGAGUGUGUGGUUGUGCUUGAGGAGCCACGCCAGGCCACGCAGCUGCAUCAACCCACACACCACCACCACAUCACGAGCCUCCUUCUGCACACAUACAUGUAUAGCACCAGUCAUAUCAGAUUUGGAUGUGUGUGUAUAUGUAUGUCUCGCUCACUGACUCACGUCGAUUUGUGUGAGUAUCUGAUGGGCCAUGUACAGAUUGCGCUCCUGGAACAGAGCCUGAAGAAAGAUAAAUCAAGCAAUGAGUGAAUGACACAUUGAAGCAAUUGUGGGGCGCUGCGCAGGGGGCGGGGGCUGUCUGUGUUGACGUACAGUACGUGUAUGAUUCUUGGGGUGAGAGUGCUGACGAGGUCGUGCAGCUCCUGGUAGGUGAUGACCCGCCGGUUGACCAGCGACAGCGGCAUGUAGUUCAUGAAGCUACGCCCACUCUCGUUGUCCCACAUCGUAAACAGACAACGAUUCUUCACCGCCUGUCAGCACACAGACAGUGGCAUAUUAUGACCAACACACAACAAACCUGCCUUACACAAGUAUGCAGCCGCUCACUACACUGUGGGUGCUGUCGUCACCUGCUGCGUUCGGUCGACCAGAAAGAGGGACGCACCGAUUUCCUUUGCAGCAAUGACACUCGCAUGGAACUCCCGAACCAUCGUACCGCCGUGGAUGGCGCGGAAUACUCGCAGCUGAAGACAGGCAGGGAUGUGUGUGUUGGUGCAAUGGGUGGGUCGACAGCGGCUCACUCGAUGGGGGACAGGCAGCUCCUUCUGCAGACAGACAGACAGACAGACAGACAGACACCCGAUCAAGCACAUGCACACAGAUAGAUUUCAGUGUGCGUGUGUUGUGUUGUGGUUGUGUCCUGCAUGCAUGUGUGUGUGUAUGUAUACAUUUUGCAGGAUGGCGUUGAUGAUCUCCACAUAGCGGUACUUGCACAGCUGCAGACACAAUCCGACCUCGUCAAUGCUGCUGAUUGGUUGCCCCUUUCGCCGUACCCACCUCGAGGAAGACCUGCUGUGGCUUCACUUGACGCAGAUACUGACAAGCAACCAGACAGACAGACAGACAAGCUUGUGGUCGGUCGCGACUUUCCUGCCUGGUGGAUCCUCUUUCACCUCGGCCGCAUCCUGCAGACACACAACAUGCACAAAAACAGGUUACUUUCCGGAUGUCCUCAUCUCAGUCAGUGUCCACGCCAUGCCGACCUGUGCGCUUGCCGCUCCCUCCAUCCGUUGGUGCAUGAGACCGUACAGGUGCACCCGCGUCCCGUGCACAUCCACAGUGAUCACAUGGUCAUCUCGCGUCCCCGUCCACAGGAACUGACCCGUCGUAGCGGGCGCCUCCUUGGCCUCCAGAUAACCACGGUUCCUCACGUCUGCUGGUGCGUGCGGCAUUGCAGAGGAGCCGCCAAGGGAUGAAUAGCACCGGCAAUGAAUCAGAGAGGCUCGUCGUGAGGGAGCCGGAGCUCGUGGCGAAGAGAGAUGAGGCUGCAGUGGGUGUGGUAAGUGGCAGCGCGACGCGGCGACUGCUGCGAAGCUGCUGCAGGCAUUCGUGCUCGGGCGAAGUGACGCAGAAAAGCACUUUUUCCGGUAGAUCCCGGAUCUUGUGGUCAUGCUCCCAUGCUGCAUUCUUCCUCCUCCUUCCUCCCGGUCG